UCGGCCCCGUCAAUUACUACAUCCCUAAGCUUGGGGAUGUAUGUGAAGUGUGUGCGCGGGUGAUGAAGCGUAUGACCAUACGCACACGCUGGACGUACUGCACGGAGUGCAGGGCGCGACGCUGUACGACGUGCAGCAGAAGAGAACUGUGGUGUUGCAGCGUAGGAACAGAUAAGAGGGAGGAGACGGAGGUGGUUGCUGAGGAGGUGAUGCAGCAGCAGGAGGUGGUGCAUGCCGAUGAAGAUGCUGCUAUGCUAGAUCUUGUGAAAAGAGAGGAGCAGCAGGAGGAAGCGGAGAUGCAGCAGGAGGAAGCGGAGUUGCAGCAGGAGGAAGCGGAGGGUGAUGAAGUCGAUACGGAGAUUGAUAUAGGCGAAGAAUUUUGUCAGUUCGACUCGCCUGCAUCUCCCGACAACAUAGCUGACAGGGGAAAGCUUGUCAUCGCGAAGAUAGAGGCGAGUGCAGAAGAAGAGACAAUCGACGUCGUAUCGUGAAAUUUUGUGUUUAUGUGCGUGAGUGUAUAGUGAACGCGUAAGUUUUAUCAUUAAUUAUAUUUACCCGUGUAUGUGUGUGUGUGUGUGUGUGCCUAGAUUAGUAAUU